UGAGGCAGUAGUCACUCCGGGAGGGAAAAGCUAGGGAGAAACAAGGAAACACCACCUUAGAAAUACAACUGGUUUACAAAAAUGAUUUCCACUUGCAGCACACAUUACGGAAGCCGCCUUGUGAAGAGUUGGACUACCAUAUAACAAGGUUUUCCACCACGUGCGGCUGGAGUGAUCACCUUCCCUCCCGCCAAACAUAAAGCCUACACAUGUGGCGGUGUCACAAUCUCAGAAGAACGUGAAGCCGUCUCAAAAAAACACAAUGAGACAAAACUAAGACUCUCUUUAUGCAACUUCAACCCCGCAGCACUUGUUUGUAAAUAUGCAGACCAUCAAGAAGGAACCUGGCUCGAGCGGGCACUUCAGUGGCGAGGACGCCCUGGCUCUCGCCAUGGCCUUGCAACAGGGCGCCGCCGACUGCGAUCAGAAGCUGGCCGUGUCUGGCCUCUCCUUCAAAGCCAAGGGCACCACGUGCCGCCGCAAGCGGGAGUUCAUCCCCGACGAGAAGAAGGACAGCCUGUACUGGGAGCGCCGGCGCAAGAACAACGAGGCGGCGAAGCGCUCGCGCGAGAAGCGGCGGCUGAACGACAUGGUGCUGGAGAACAAGCUGAUGGCGCUGGGCGAGGAGAACGCGUCGCUCAAGGCCGAGCUGCUCUCGCUCAAGCUCAAGUUCGGCCUGGUCAGCUCGGCCGUGUACGCCCAAGAGGUGCAGAAGAUCUCCAGCGCCACCACCGCACUUUACCAGGAAUACAUCUUGCCUUGCCCCACCAAGAGACCUUAUGGCCAGGAGCCUGACCCAGCUGCCCGGCUGCCCGGCAGCACCAGCAGCACCAGUAGCAGCUGUAUAUCAGUCAUCAAGCACUCGCCGCACAGCAGCCUGUCCGAGGGCUCGGAUUCGGGCAUGGGUAGCAGCAUGCCUGCCCAGGGUAGCCCGCUAGGGGGUCUCUGUAGGACCUCAGAGGGUCUCAUCAAGCAGGAGCCCCUGGAGAACGGCGGCUACCCCCGCGACCAGACCAGCCCUUACGAACUGUACAGGAGCUACCUGAGCAACCCGUUCCAGGGCGCCUACUCGCAGCCCUCCCCGCUGCCGCUCCUGCAGCUGGCCAGCCGCUCCUCCAGCAACUCGCCCCGGAACUCGGACGCCGGUGACGACGGCGCCGUCAGCAAAUCGUCGGACGGCGAGGACGAGCAGCAAGUGCCCCGAGGCCCCGGGCCCGGGCCGACCCUCACCCCGCCGACCCCGACCCUGACCCCGACGUCCACCCCCACGGGCUCCGACCCAAAGAGCGUCAUCGUCUCCACCCUGAAGGCUGCCGGGCUGGGGGCGGGGUUCGGGACGGACUCCGGCGCCUCGGCGCUGCCCCACAAGCUGCGGAUCAAGGCCCGCGCCAUCCAGAUCAAGGUGGAGGCCAUCGACCCCGACUACGACUCCUCGGGGAAGUCCUCGUCACCUGUGGAGAUGUCCCGCGGGGGGGCGGAGGAGGACUACCACCCUGUGAACGGCCAGAACGGCGGCCUGGCGGAGUUCAUCCGCUCCCCUUCCUUCAGCCCCCUGUCCCUACAAGUUGCCAACGUGCAGAACUGGAACCAAAGGCCAGAGUACUGGCACAAGGAGCGCCUUGAGGCGCCGGUGGUCAAGCCAGGUGGCCGGGGGGUGAUCCGCCCAAGCUCCCCUGACUUGGUGGCCGACAAACUUCUGGCCAAUCUCAAGGAGAGGGCCUACGGCGGUGGUGGUGUCGCCCACCCAGACUCUGAUAACUUGUACUUGAAACAGGGCAUUGCCAGCCUGUCCGCAGAAGUAGCCUCCCUCAAAAGACUGAUAACCCAUCGGCAGGGGUCUGUCAUCGAAUCAACCAAAAGCACUACUACUGACAGUGACGCUGUAUCGAAAGUAUGUUUUUCAAACUGAGUGUGUUUCACCUUCUGUUUUGCACAAACGCCUGUUUUUUUCCACUGUGUUUGCUACUGCACUGUGCAAUUCAUACGGUAUAAAAAAAAUGAAAUCAGAUUUUAAAAAAGAAAAGAAAACGCAAAUCAUUGAAAUAAAUGGUGUGUUGUUGUGCACUUACUGUUGUAGUUUGGUGUGCCCUCUUGGCAACUCCACCUGUAGCCCAGAAGCCAAUGUCAGGCUUAUGUACAUGCAAAUUAAAUGUCGACUUUUCAAGUUUUGUUGUAUACAAUACAUUUUUUGUUGUUGCUGUUGUUUACAAUAAAUGUAUACAAGCACUGAAUGACUGCCCUGUUCUCA